AUGCCAAAGUAUGCAUCAUUAUUUAAUCUCAGACCAGCGGAUGUAAUUCCUGUUCGAGAUUAUAAAAAUAGCACUUCGGAAACAUUGUGGGCACCUGAGGAAUGGGAUGAAAGUUUCAUUUACCCACCACUUCCAAAAGAUUGGAAUUCUUAUUUAAAAUGGAGAAAGGCACCACAAUUCAAUCAACUUGAUGCAUUGUGUAGAGUAAUAACUAAUACUCUAUCACUCCCGCUCACAAUUCUAUCUGCCUUGGAAAGGUUUUACUCACGUAGCCAAUUGCGCUCUUUUGACGACUUGGUGGUUCAUUUCAUAGGUGCCGGUAAAUAUGAGGUAUCGGCACUUAUGUCCUUCGAAGAAAUUAUGCAUAUACUCCCAAACAUAAAAACACUACAACUCAUAUUGAUUGGAAUAGAAUUACCAUCAAAAAUUAUAGGUGUUUCUCUACAAUGUUGUCCACGUUGUACUAAGGCUAAUAGAAAACGAAUUUAUUCAUUACAUCCAGUAUCAUAUGAUGAAUAUUCUGUUUCUGAUGAUUUCAUCACUCCACAAAUUGUCGUUGGUUUCAAUACUGAUCUAUAUGAAGAAUCUUGGAAAUCAUCCGUUGAAUUUUUAAUAGAGAAAGAAUUACCUUGCAUAUUUACUUCUUAUUCUAAAGAUGAAGCAAAUCAAAAUGUUAAAAUGUUAAAGGAUUUGAGUGCAAAUAUUAUUGUAGGAGCUAAAGAAAAUAAAUGGGGGAGUACAAUGCCACUUGUCGAACCACAAGAAACGGAUAAGUUUUAUUAUAACAAUUAUUAUAGAACAUUGCUAAAAGGGAAAGCGUGA